CUGCGUUACAAGUUGAAGUCGCGUUCCAAGAUUGGCAAACAUAUUGAGCCUCGGAAGCUAGGGUUCUUCACCGCGUUUCAACCUUCUUCAUUCACAGCCCUACCAAUUGGAAUGGGAUUGUGACUUCAUAUCCGUGCUAGGAGUUGACAUUUUGAAAUUCCAACUGUGGGAGCAAUAGUAUACAUUGUGACCCGUCAUGGAGAUACAGACUUGUGGUAGGCCAAUUGAUUCUUUGCUAGAGAAAGUCCUUUGUAUGAAUAUUCUGUCUUCUGAUUACUUCAAGGAGCUCUAUCGUUUAAAAACAUAUCACGAAGUUAUUGAUGAGAUCUACAAUCAAGUCGAUCAUGUGGAACCGUGGAUGACGGGCAAUUGUCGUGGCCCUUCGACUGCUUUCUGUCUGCUUUACAAGUUCUUUACUAUGAAGCUCACCGUCAAACAAAUGCAUGGGCUGUUAAAACACCCGGAUUCUCCUUACAUAAGAGCGAUUGGAUUUCUCUAUCUGAGAUAUGUGGCUGAUUCGAAGACUCUAUGGAACUGGUUUGAGCCUUAUGUGAAAGAUGACGAGGAAUUUUCUCCUGGAUCUAAUGGUCGAAUGACUACAAUGGGUGUAUAUGUCCGUGAUUUGCUCCUUGGACAGACAAUGAAAUGCAUUUACUUGAUAAUUGGCAAAUUAUGACACUUUGAUUUAAAGAUUUUAAAAUGUAUGCCACACAAUGGCAAGGGAAAAAAAUGACUCAAGUAUUGACUAUUUAAACUGAGAAUUCUCUCUUCAGAGCUCUCCUACCAGAAUCCAGAUGCAUCACAAGAUUGCAAUGCAGAUAUGUUCCUCAUCGUCCCAUAAUUUGGAGUAACAGUAUGAGGUGCUUUCAGUAUCUUUGGACAUAAAACUUCUAUACCUACCAGUAAUUGCUGAUAAGAACUAGUUCAAAAGAAUCUUCCUUUUUUUCUCUUUCAUUUCUUUUUGAUUGCAUGCUCAUGAAGGUUGUUUUCUCAUUUCUAAAGCCUUACAAUGAGGCUUCCAGCAAAAAAAAAUUGAGUAUUUUUCAUGUAGUUGCUUUAGUGUAGAAUGGUAACCUCUAGACAUGCAUGUUAUCAAUUUAGAAUUUCAGAUUAGUUUGUUCUAUUUAUCUUCGAGUCUUUUAGUGUUAUCCCUUUUAACGCGUAAUUUCUUUGAAGCCACGGAGAAGGAUUUAUUCAGAUAAUUUUUUUCCUAUUUGACACCGUGUCUUCAAUCGUUGUAACCUAAUUCUUAAUACUUGGUACUCACCUGCCAUCCUUAAAAAGUGAAACUUCGGAGAUUCAGUGUCAAGAAUCAUCAAGUUUUGAUUCUAUUAUGAUUUGCUGAUAUCUUUCUUGUUCUGAGGUGCAAAUGAGAUUUUGUCUUAGAGUUUCUGUGUAAGGGCUUGUUGGAUCACAAACUUGUUUUAUUUCUUAUUGUCAUUUUCAUUUUGAUUUUCUGCUGAUGAAUUUCUAUAUGAUGUAAAUUUAAUAUUUACUUGAAUUAUAUGACAUCCAACGUUCAAGCUUGACCGAAACUCACAUAAACAUUCUCUCAAACAGGGGCUUGAACCUCAUUUUUUUUCUUUGGGUAGACUGAAUGUAGUGAUUUGAUGAUUUCUUGUGUCAAUUAGCUAUGCUGCUAGAAAUGUUAUUGGUAACGAUAAAAAAUUAUCCGUUUUUUUGCUUUUCUGAUUGCAAGGGUGUAUUGUAAUGCUUAUUAUUCACUUUUUUAAUACGUGGCAUUGUAAAUUGUGAAGCAGUACCUAGGAUUUAUUAAAGAUAGAUACAGGUGCUUAUGAUGGCUUUUGUUGAGGGGAAUGUAAAUGUACAAAACCCUUUUUACCCGAAUGACUGAGUUUUCUAGGGUGGGGAGUUACUAGACCUCCCGUGCACCAGAAAUUUGAUGUCUUAUAAGGUAUCUCAAGGAUUGAAAUUUGAAUGAUUGGUUCAAACUUAUGGAUACUUUUGGUUCAAAUGAAGAAGGAACAAGUACAAGAACUGAAAUAUCUGAUUAAUUUUAAUGCAUGGAUGGAUUCUGGAGAGAAGCACAUAAACAUACAAAAUAAUCUUGUUCUUCCUAUUCUUUUGUUUUUUUUUUUUUCAUGAAUAGCUAGUAUUUAUAUCAAUGUUUGCUGCUUCUUUGGUUAAGAGUUUAUUAUCACUUCAUGGUGGUUGUCAUUUUUGUUAGUGUAUUUAUUGAUGUAAUAUGAUUUUGGGAAUGUUGUGCAUGCGGCACAAUAUGUCUUAGUCGACAGACUUAAAUAUUGCAGUUCCUAAAUUUUAUUUUACCCCUUUGAUUCCAGAUUAUUUAACUAUAAAUUAAGUGAGUUUCUUCUGCUGUUGCAGUAUUACUUCGACACAUUGUUUCCUCGCAUUCCUGUUCCUGUAAUUCGACAGGUUGUCACUAAUCUUGAAAAGUUGAAGCUCCCCUCUACACAUUCUGGUUCAACAGGGGAAUCCACUCGUCACGGUUCUGAUGAUACUGCCCGUAGGCCACCUUCUGUUAAAGCUGCUCUUUCAGUCUCUUUUGGUCAAAGGGCUCCACAUCGUGCCUCCACAAGGGAUUCUUCACCUAUUCGCCGUACAUUACCUGGUCCUCAUGAAAGAAAUGGCAGUGAUGACAUAAGAAGAUCUCCAAGUAGUCGCCGUAGCCAGAGCCGUGAAUAUCCUGACAGGGAUAGAGACCGCGAUCGUUCACGGUCCAGGGACAGGGACAGGGAUCGAGACAGAUCACGGUCCAGGGACAGGGAUAGGGAUCGAGACCGUGCUAGGGACAGAGAUAGGGAGCGUGAUAGAGACAGAUAUCGUGACCGAGAUCGGAACAAGGACCGGGACCGUGAAAGAUACAGGGAUCGUGACCUGGAUAGGGAUCAGGAGAGGGAUAGAAUCAGGAGGGAUAAGGAGCGGGAAAGAGAGAGAGAGCGGAGUUAUGAUUAUGACAGGAGGUCUAAGUACACAGAGAGAGGAGGCAGCCGGGAUUAUGACAAUGGUAGUAGGCACUAUCGGAGUAGGAGCAGGAGUCGGAGUAGAAGUAGGAGCAGGAGCAGAAGUCGAAGCCUGCAAGCUGGUACUGCACGGAUUGAAUCCCGUUCAAGUCCACAGAGAGAUGGAAGUAAGAAAACUUCUGCAUCCAGUAAUCUAGCUAAACUUAAAGAUAUGUAUGGUGAUUUAGGGGAUAAUAAAGGAGAUGCCAACAUGGAAAGAAUUCCUAAAAGGGAUAGUGGAAGCGAAGAGGUUAUUAGACUUGGCGGUUCUACUUGGAAGUAUUGAAAGAUAUCAUAGAAUGCUUGUAUCAGAUGUUGGAUGACCUUCGCGGAAGAGAAAAAAAAUAUUUGAUUAGCCCUAAUGUUGUCUUUGUCUGUUGAUAGACAGAUGUUUAGAUUGGUGAAUGCUAUCUUUAUUAGCAUAUAUAGAUGAUGUAUACUAAAAUUUAUUCCUGGUGCAUUGACUUUCAUGCUUUGUAAUUUUAGACUUAAGAUCAUUCUAUGUUAAGUCCUGAACUACCGUGCUUACAUUGAUAGUUGAACCUAUUUUAUUGCGUUUCGGACAAUCAAUAAUUUAAGGAUAAUGUCUGCAUUUUGCAAUGCCGUUAGGAGGAAGAUUGAUAAGAUACU